GAUUAUGAUGCUUGUGAAUGCUUAUAGAGCUGGCUAUUAUUCGAACUGACAGUAACUUUUCAGGUUUCCAGUCAUGUCCGAAGAGGAAGAAGUCUCUGAGGAGGAGGAGGUAGAGGAGGAAGAAGUCGCCGAAGGUGGCGAAGAAGAGCAUCACGAAGAUGAGCACCCUGCCGAAGAAGAGAAACCUAAAAGCCGUCCUCCACAACAAGAGGAAAAAGCGCCCGCGGAGAUGACGGAGGCGGAAGCUGCUAUGCUCGCCGCCAAGAAACGGCACGAGGAAGAGGAAGCGAUGAAAAUGCAAGAUUAUGAACAACGACGUCAAGCAGAGAGGGAGCGAAUCGAUGAGGAAUUGCGAGAACUGAAGGAGAAACAAGAGAAGAGACGUCUUGAGCGUGAAGAGGACGAAAGGCAGUUUGCUGAACGCAGACGUCAGGAUGAGGAGCGCAGAAGGAAGGAAGAGGAGGAAAGGAAGGCUCGCGCUGAUGCGGAGAAAAGUCGCAAAAAUGAGGAGCGGUUGCGUCGUCAACAGAUGAUGGCCGGAUCGUUCGCAGCGCAAACCGGACACGGACAAGCCGCCGGAAGGAAUUUCACCAUCACGAAGAGUGAUCAAGCUGCACAGUUCGGAAACCUUGCACAGGGUAAGAACAAGGAUACGCUCAACAAAGAGCAACAAGAGGAAGCAAAGCGAUCGUUUCUGGCUGCUGUGUGCCGUGCCGUCGAUAUCUCAAAUCUUCUUCCAGCUGAUUUGAGAGAGCGAAUCAAAGGCCUUCAUGCUCGCAUCUGCAAGUUGGAGGCUGAAAAAUACGACCUAGAGAAGCGACACGAGAGGCAGGAGUACGAUGUGAAAGAGCUGAAUGAACGACAAAGGCAGGUUGCUCGCAAUAAGGCGCUCCAAAAAGGACUUGACCCUGAAGAAGCCGCCUCAUCUAAGCACCCACCAAAGGUCACUACUGCUUCAAAAUUCGAUCGCCAAACGGAUAGAAGGUCCUAUGGCGAUCGCCGAGACAUGUUCGAGCACCCGACUCUCCCAAAACUUCCUACGAUUGCUCAUGGGACUGCCCGUCCUCCGAGUGAUUGGGGACGUAAGGAAAACGAGGAACUUGAACAGCUUCGCAAAAAUCUUGAGCCGCCAAAGUAUGUGGAACAAGUUCGUGCCGAAGGUGAUGCUGCAAAGCCUCCAGUUGCUCCUAUCCCCCUGCAGCUCCCGGAAAAAGACUUCGAUGACGAGCCAGCGCAACCUACAGAACAAGCGGAACAAGCGCCGCAGGAAGAAUCAGCAGCUCCAGCAGAAGAGGUUGCAGCCUAAAUUAUCCGGAACGUUUUCAAGAACUUGCGUUGUAUUUGCUUACAUAAACAUCAGUCUGCUUCUC